AUGGAGAGCAGCCACCAGGGCCAGGCACUGAAGGAGGCGAAGGAGGCGCAGGAGAACGAGACGAGACGAGACGAGCCGAGCCGGGCUGCCUCCACAAUUAACACAUUGGCGAUGGAGAAUAUCAGAUCCGUUGGUUUGGGCCCUUUCCAGUUUGUCCAAAUGCCCUUUCCUCGACGUACUGUGCUAACAAAGUUGACUUUCCGUGGUUUGGCUGCAACGAGAUUCUGCAUUGGGAAGACAAUCGGCCUCCUCCGCCUCGACCUCAGCAUCAUCGACCGGCCCAUUGAGCCCCACGGAGACGCCUUGGAAGGGGGGACUUGCGAGGCCCUACACCAGGAGACCGCAUCUACUAGACGCCGCGAUGAGGUUGCAGGCGGCAGCGGCAACGAGAACGACAACGAAAUGCGAACGAUAAAGGAAAUCGGUCAGAUGGUCUUCUUCGUAGAGCUGAACUCUGAGGGAUGCGAGGAUGUGAUCGGAGAUUGUCCUGACAGGUCGAAGACGUUGUCGCACAAUGCCGGCCUCGCACGAGGCGGCUGCGGACUUCAUUUGAGAUGGCGGUCCAUGGCUCAUGAUGACAGCUUCACCAAACGCAGCAGGCUGAUGCAAGCUCCCCUCGGCAACACCAAGGAUGAACAGGGCUCGAUAGCCAUGUUUGCAACGGCGAGAAACGAUGAGACCAAUCCUACUUGGGGCAAGCCGUUCGCCAUGUGCGACAUCAAGUUGUAA